AUUGUACCUAGCAAAACAUACGGAGUACCUACACUGGUCCUACAGACUACAGUAUGUAGGCUGAACCUUGAAGUUACUUAUCGGCCACAGCUGCGACUACCAGUCAUUGAUUUGAUCUGUGAUUUGGUAUGGCCCGGCCGUAAGAAGAGUGAGGAAAGUGGAAGGCGGAGGGCGGAGAGCUCAAAGAUAAAUUCUAUUGUAGACGCGAAAAAAAAAGAGCGACCAAGCUGGAGACCUAACAAACUCAAUAUUAUUAUUUUUCAACACAACACCAAUGUAAUCGCAUCCUCCUCUUCCUCUUCACAACUCUCUCUUUCCCCCACAACACAUUCCUUAGAGAACACAAGCACAUCGAGAUAAAUUCGAUGCAUCUAAUAUAACACCAGCACCACCAUCAAGACCAUAUAAUCAACAGGCAUAGUCAUGGUUGGUAAAGUUAGCGAGAAGGUCCUCCUACGGGAAGGGCUCGAACGAACCGAUAAUGGCAUGAAACAGACGAGCUGGCCUGAUGUCACUCCAAUUAACCAAAAGAACUACUAUACGGAUUACAUGAAACGAGAUGACCAAGUACUGGCACUUCGAUUGCAAGCCGAGGCGAACAGGGAAAGGCUUGUCCAAACUGCGAAAGAUCGCGACCGAGCCCUUGCGCGCAAUGGACACGUUGAAGUACCACUCCCAGUCCCCGAGAUUCAGCAGGAGGAUGGCGCCCCAACCGCCAACGAUGGCCUAGAUUCCUCCAAGGUGAUUGUCAUACACCCGGGAAGCCAAAAUCUUAGAAUAGGCUUUGCAAGCGAUGCCCUGCCCAAGACAAUACCCAUGGCCAUCGCCACAAAAUUCCCCCAGACCGAGUCUGAGAUGUAUGAGGCCCUCCCUCGUCGUCAGUUCGAGGCUAAAACGACCGAUCAACAAUACGGCGAGGAGUGGUCCAAGAAGUACCAGAAGAUGUGCAAUGAUUUGAAGGUGGUGAUGCGUUCCAACAAGCACAAAGUGCUCCCCAAUUCGAAAGAGUUAGUGGUCAAUUACAACAGACGAACAGAGUCUGAAGAGAUUCCGCUACACAACGACCCUCUACAAAUCGAAUGGACAGAUGUCAAAUCUAUAGAUGACCCCAACUCGAUAGCUUCGUGCUUCAUCGGCCAAUCCGCACAACGUAUUCCCGACGAUUCAAAUCCCAAGUUCAAACUAUGGUGGCCCAUGCAGAAUGGCUUGCUCAACGAAGACGAUUAUACCACUGCCGAGCACCUAUAUGACGACUUCGAGACUUUGCUAGAUAAAGCUAUCAGACAAGAGCUUGGGUUGACAAGGAAUAGCGCUUGGAGGAACUACAGUUGUGUGGUCGUUAUCCCUGAUCUUUACGACAAGAAGUACGUUGAACAAAUCUUGAAGUCGUGCAUGACCUGGUUCGAAUUCAGCAAGAUAUGCUUCAUACAAGAAAGUAUGGCGGCAACCUUCGGCGCUGGCUAUACGCAAGCGUGCGUCGUUGACGUUGGUGCUCAGAAGACAUCGAUUGCGUGUGUAGAAGAUGGGUUAUGCGUUGAGGACUCUCGCAUCAAUCUCAAGUACGGUGGCUACGACGUCACGGAAACGUUUAUGAAAAUGAUGCUCUACGACAACUUUCCCUAUCAAGAUAUUAAUCUUCGAAGACGAUACGACUUCCUCCUUGCUGAAGAACUGAAGACUAAAUAUUGCACAAUGGCACAAAACGACAUAUCAGUACAGCUCUACUCAUUCCAUCUCCGCGCUCCAAACCAGCCGACCCGUUUAUAUCAGUUCAAGACUUAUGACGAAGUCAUUCUCGCACCAAUGGGGUUUUAUGACCCUGCCAUCUUUGAUAAUUCGGCUAAGCUUCGUGGCCGUCGAAAACUUCUAGACCGAUCCUAUAAUGCCUACGAUGUCGAAGUGCCUGAUGACCCAACAUCAGCAGCACAACUAGCCAUACUUGCUCUUAUCAAGCCCUCCGUGGUUUCUAAUGCGAAUGGAUUCCAGAACCUACCUACUGACCCGAACGUUGCAACGCCUAUGAAAGAGAAAUCACAGCCUUUCUCCAACUUCCUAAGAGGCGAUCUUAACAACGGCACACCCGCAGGCUCAAACGCAGCAUCCCCAGCCCCUGAAGGUGCUGCGACCCCAGUUCCACCUACUUUUCACUUCGGUGGGAACGGUUCGGUGACGGGAACUGGCAGCCCAGCGCCCAAUGGCACAAUGACGGCGCGUAACGGCGCAUCCCCGGUACCACCGGCUGGUAUGUUUGUAGACUCGGCAGCGCGCACGGCCAAGGCAAUUGCUGCCGAGCGCGAUGCUGUUCUACCGGUAGUGCCUCUCGACAUCGCGAUCUUGACGAGCAUCCAGAAUGCUGCUAAGAGUGACGAAAAGAAGUUGCGUGAUUAUCUCGGCAGCAUCAUGGUCGUAGGCGGUGGAUCUAAGACUACGGGGUUUACACAAGUCCUCGAAGAGAAGCUGAAAACUCGUCGUCCCGAGCUCUCGGAUCGAAUCCUCAUCACGCAUUCCGCCCGUGAUAUGGACGAGCAAGUUGUGGCCUGGAAGGGCGCUAGCGUCUUCGCCAAGCUCCCUGCUAAUGAUAGCUGGAUCACCCCCUUCGAAUUCGAGAAGCUUGGUGCUAGGGUUUUGCACCACAAGGUCCUCUGGGCAUGGUAAUUUCCGCUACGAGGAAUAUUGAGCUGAAUAUCGGGGGAAAGUUUCUCUUUACAUGUGUCUUAAUAUCAAAGGAAGCGGACAUCGCCGCCAUGAAUAGCCAUAGAACAUGCCCCUCUUCUUUCACCCGUUUAUUAUGGGGUAGACAGACAGAGGUAUAGGACCAAAGAUGAAAAGCCCAAAAGAAGUUAAGCUGGGUUUUUGAUAUCUGGAGUACGUACGUAGGCAUGUAUCGCCAUACUUCCAAACGGGGAUAAGUUCGGCCAGGGUUUUAUGUAGGGCGUUGGUGGUUUGUGAUAAUUUUUAAUCUUUUUCUCCUACUCUUUUCCUUCUUCCCCCCUUUUCUAAGCGCCUUGCGAUGGGUAGCUAGUUAGCACUUAGCUACUACGUACCUACGUGUUAGGCAUCUAUCUAUCUACCUAGCCUCUACGGCUGCCUACGUGACAUAGUAGGUAGGUAGCUAUGUAGUGGUGUAGGACGGAAGAGAAAGUCGUGAUAUCUAUCUAUGAACCUAGGAUAGGCAGCUAUCGGAGAGAAAAGGGGAGGGGGAAGGGAAGAAAAAAAAGAGAUGGGUAAAUUAAUAGAUCCUAGGUAAAAAAAAAAAAAAAGGAGAAUCAAAGACGAUUAAUUUACAUCUACACCUAGGUACCGAAACUGCUUUUUUCCGUAGGUACCUACAUAUUGUUACAACUUAGUAGGAAUCGUACAGGAAAGAAAAUAAGGAAAGUAAAGGGGUAGAAGGGAUGGGC